AUGGCAACUGUGCACCAUUCUCUGUCAAGCCUGGGGCCCCUCCACGCGGCGCAAGCACCCACCAGCCUUCCCACAGCCCCCAUCGUCGAACGGAUCCGCAUCAUCGUCCAUGACCCACACGACCACGAAGCCCCCGCCAUCCUGCACCAACCGCGCAUCUACAACGCCCGGGAAGUCGACGGUGCCGCCGUGAUCCUCAUCAGCGGGGCCGGGGGCGGAGUCAGUGGUCCCUCCGGAAUAUACCCCUCCCUCGCCGACAAACUCUCCCUGCGCCUCGCCAUCCCAGUACUCCGCUUAGACUAUCGCGAACCCGCGCGCACGAAAUACUGCACGGCAGACGUACUCGCCGCAAUGGACCACCUGGCGCAGCAGUACCGAUCCACGCGAUUCGUGAUCGUCGGCUGGUCGUUCGGCGGCAGUCCGUGUUUUACCGUGGCCGCCAAAGAGCCCGAGCGCGUGGUGGGCAUUGCGACCGUCGCCUCGCAGACGGCCAUGACCUCGGGGAUCUCGAAACUCAGUCCGCGCCCGCUGUUGCUACUGCAUGGGACGGGGGAUACGGUGCUCUCGGUGCGGUGCUCGACUGCCUUGUAUGGACAGUAUGGCAGUGAGGGGAGUCGAGAGCUGAAGACCUUUCCGGGGGAUGACCACGGACUGAGCCAGAAUGCGGAGGAGGCGGAGCGGUUGUUAUUCCGGUUCGCAACGCGGACCUUGCGGUUUAAUGAGGAUGCAGAGAAGGGAGGAGGUCACAGUUGGGCUGGUGGGUGGAAUGAGAGAAGACAGGCGAUGCAGGAGGGGCGGGAUUUGGAAAAUGGGGAAGCCGUGAACUAUUAGAUCAAGUAUCGGAUGUCUAUGCGAUUUUCUUAAGAGUAUGAUAGAACAUAUGGUAUAGGCCUGAGUGGUAAAGAUUUGACGUGAUUCUAGUUGAUCUUAGGGUAUGAAGUCUGCUCAAUAUCAG